AUGAUUAAAGUUUCCGUGCAAUUCACUUAUGAGGAAGCCUCGUGUACUGACAUGUGGGGAGAGAUUCCCCUUCAAGAAAACGAUUCCGGUGACAUGUUGAUAAUGUCUCUACUAACCGACACAUUACCCAUAAUUCCAAAUCCCGGCGAAGGCAUAGAAACGGCGGUUAGAGAACGGCGUUACCGGGGAGUUAGGAAACGUCCUUGGGGGAAGUUUGCGGCGGAGAUAAGGGAUCCGAUGAAGAAUGGUGGCCGUGUUUGGCUUGGGACUUAUCAAACGGCUGAGGAAGCCGCAAUGGCUUAUGAUAGGGCGGCUUUUAGGAUUAGGGGUUCAAAGGCUAUGCUUAAUUUUCCACAUAGGAUUAAUUCCGGGAACCUUGAACCGGUUAGGGUUAAGGAGUGUUCUUCGAUUAUUGAUCGAAGUGGAGAUCAUAAGAGAAAAAGGAAGAUGAAUGUGGUGAAAAAUGAGGUGGAAGAUGAUGAAAAAGGAGGAAAUAAGAUAUGUUGA